GUGAUACCUACCAUCCCGUUAUGUCACUCAGCCAGCCAUAAGCCGAUCUCACUGGUCCUCCGUUCUUUUCGAGAACUCUUCUUUUGUAACUAUCCCUUCCCCGAGCAAUUUAUUAUGAAGAAAUCGUCUCACCUCAAUAUCGUCGCUAACAAGACCUAAGGCCACCUGUUUUGUCUUUUCCUUCGACAUGGCGAACCCAUUAACGCCGGAGGAGAUAGCGUAUAUGGUGGCGCAUGAAGACGACACACUUGUGCCUAACAUAUACGCGUGCAGUAUCACAACUGGGGUCGCAUCUGUUGUCGUUGUCCUCAUCCGGAUUUGGGCACGACGUGUCGCCCAUGGUCGGAUAGUAUUAAACACAAGUGACUGGCUACUCAUGAUAGCGUGGGUCUGUUUUAUCGCCGCUCUUGUCAGCUUUUCGCUAUCAGCAGUAUAUGGAUUGGGGAAACACAUCAUCUUCGUCACGGACGGGAGAAAUCUCCGGAUCUGGGGGAUCAUUCUCGAAGUCUUUUACUAUUUCUCUAUUGGCUUCAUAAAGUUCAGCAUCCUGAGUUUCUAUGGCGCAAUCUUUGCUUCCAGACGCUUUCACAUUUAUCUAUGGAUAAUUGCAGCAUUCGUCGCCGCUUGGUUCAUCUCAUCAACAGUCGUAUCGAUAUUUCAGUGCACGCCAAUCGAAUUUGCUUGGGACACGACUAUCCCAGGUGGAUUUUGUAUUAAUUACGGGUUGCUGGUGCUUGUUGCUGGCAUAAUCAACGUUAUAACUGACUUCGUCAUUCUUGCACUACCUAUUCCUAUGAUCUUGCGACUCAAGGUCUCGAAGCAAAAAAGGACCCAGCUGGUUUUUAUAUUUGCUACGGGUAGCAGUGCUUGCAUCGUCAGUAUUAUUAGGUUAGCGUAUAGUCUCGUCGUCAGCUCAACGUCAGAUGUUAGCUGGGACAACGUCCCUCCAGGGUUCGUAUCUGCUACUGAGCUCCUGGUUGGAAUUCUAGCGGCGUCGAUUCCAACGUAUGGGCCUCUUUACCGGCGCUACAUUUCGGGUACUACGAUGAAAAGUUCCCAGCAAUCUGGUCGUAAUAGCAAAGGUCAUAUGUCAUCUCAACCCCAUAGUGCCAAUAUAUCGGUCAAUAGAGCCGGUAUCAUCAGUGGCCCCGGGGUUCAUAUCACCGACGAGGUUGAGCUUACUCGGCAUGAGCUUAGAAACGGGGCUUGGGUUCGGAUAGCGGAUUAAAGAGUUAUGAUUUGGAAUUUGGGAGACCCGAUGACUGUUCGAAUCAAAAUGCCAAGACAUUGGGGGAGAAGCUACCUAUUUAGGGCUAUGUGAUUGGAGACAGAUCCUGAGCAGGAGGAGGGUUCCCCUUGUAAUUGAUAAGCACAUAUGUAAAAUAUUAGCAUACAUGUAAAUAUAGGAUACCCGGUGCAUAGACUAAUGAACACUAUACCCAAC